AUGGCUGUACCAACUUUAAAUUUACCAGCCUUUACAACCAGAGCUCUUGCCAAGAGUUAUGACAAUGUGGUGAUGACACAAAUCCAAAAUGUUUCGGAGUUAUCAUCAACCUCAGAAGACAAGAAAAUUCUACCCAUGGAGUGCAAAGAAACAGCAGACCUGCUCCUCUUCUUUGACAAUUUAUUUGACUCCGUAAAUGGAAGUUUUGGACGAAGGGGAAGCCAUGGAAAACCACUCCUGGGACCAGUAAAGCCACAUUCAGCGCAUCAUCAAAUAUGGGCUGAAGCCAAGACAUCUUUGAGAAAUAUGAAGUUCAUUGGAAUAGAUGGAAGAACUGAAUCAGUACCAACACUUAAUAAUUGGAAUAAACCACCACCACCG